AUGGCCAUCGCCCGCCGCGCCAACAAAGACGCAGCGCGCGACGGCGACAACAACGGCCGCGACGCGCGCGCGCGAAGGGAUGCGAACGGCCAGUGCGCGACGCACUGCGCCUCGCAGGCGGGCGCCGCGGCGCGCCUCUCUGGGGGCGUCGGCGCGGCGGGGGCCCGCGCGCAGGGGCGGGCGGGCGAGCUCGCGGCACUCGCAGGCGCGCGCGCCGCGCCCGCUGCGGAGGAGAUCCGCGGACAGAAGCUGGAGGGCGGCUGGCCGACCGGGGUCUUCUUGAACAAGGGCGGCUCGGUCGCGAAGGCCGGGGAGCUCUGCGCCGAGCGGGCGGGGGCGCGCGGGGGCGAGGUCCCGCGCGUCGACGCGGCGGCUCUCGCGGAGGUCGCAGAGGCCGAGAGGGCCUUCCAGGCCAAGGGGCAGGGCUCGUCGAUCCAGGAGCUCGGCGGGCAGGCCGCGGCGCCGGCCGAGCUCUGCGAGGACUUCCGCAGGAUUCCCCGCGGCCUGCUCCGCCGCGCCCAGGGCGCCCUCGGCGGGGUCGAAGGCCUCGGGGGGGCCCUCGAAGAGGGGCCCCCCGUGAACCGGCCUAGGCGCGGGGCGCGCGGCGCCGAGGACAGCGAGGUGAACUGA